AUGUAUCAAUGCGGUGUCGAGCGCCUACUCGGUGUGCUUGCAUCUCCUGAACUGUUAAUUCCCAAGGGCGAGCUUCACUUACCUAACGACUGUGCUGCUUCUGCUGCUGCUACUACUGCUGUCAUCUCCCUUGUGCAUUCGCAUGCCUGUCCUCUCCCCCUCUCUACCCCUUCCCAUGUCUUCUUCCCUGAAUUGCCCCCUGCCCUAACCGCAGUCCUCCCAAUUAUCGCAGAUGUGGUUAACAAACUACAACAACCCGUCAUAAAUACUGCACACAGGCCUGUGAAACGGUACAUUAGCCUACUCUUAAGUGAGUAUGUCAGGCCACUCCAACUCUUUAUCACUCUCCCUCCGACUUUUUGGCCGCCUGACUGGCUGGCUGGAAUGUCGCACUAG